CUUUCCUCGGGCUGUUUCUGCUGAGAGGAGGCUUUGAGCUUCUCGAACCGGCCUCUGCACAGCCCACUCCCAGCCGCUCCAACCUCCUCGCAGUCCUGGCCUGGAUCCUGGACGGCUCCCAGAGAAAGUCUGUCCCAUCAUGACUCCUUCAUAAUACUCCCACUCACCAGAGUCUGCUGAUUGUGUUGGGGCAUGCUUAUCUAGAACACUGAGUAUCACUAAGGCAGAAGCCUGGAAGAGAGCCAAUGUGCGAUACCAACAGAGCAGAGCAGGGAGGGAGAACUCCUGGGUUCAUUCCUCCCCAUUGAUCACUGGCUGCCCUGGGUGAGAUGGGUCCUGUUUCCUCCCUACCUCCGAGGCAAGGACUGAGUGAACAUGUGUGCCUUGGGCCGCUGGCCCUUUCCCUGCUGGGGUGUGGUCCUUCAAGGUGAAUGUCCCUUUCUAAACUUGCUUCUGUCCUCACGCACAGGACACAUAGUAUGACCAUUAGGUGUUCCGUCUCCCAGCCAUUUUCUAUGGAAAACCAAAGAGACCAGAUCAUGAUAGCAACUGGCAGCUUUGAAGAAUGGGACGUCUUUAGAGAAGCUUGAUCUUGGCGGCCUCAGCGUGAGACCUUACAAGGCCGGAUUCCUCCGGCAGAGUUCCUCUAUCUUGUCUUGUUGCUGACUGAAGGUGCCCCCUUCUCCAGUUCUUCUCCAUCUCCUGGGAGGUUGCAGGAAAUCAGCAUCAUGGUUGGGUUCAAGGCCACAGAUGUGCCACCGACUGCCACUGUGAAGUUCCUGGGGGCUGGCACAGCCGCCUGCAUUGCGGAUCUCAUCACCUUCCCCCUGGAUACCGCUAAAGUCCGGCUGCAGAUCCAAGGAGAAAGUAAAGGGCCAGUGCAGGCCAUGGCCACCACUCAGUACCGCGGUGUGCUGGGCACCAUCCUGACCAUGGUGCGCACAGAGGGCCCGCGCAGCCUCUACAACGGGCUGGUUGCUGGCCUACAGCGCCAGAUGAGCUUUGCCUCUGUCCGCAUCGGCCUCUAUGACUCAGUCAAGCAGUUCUACACCAAAGGCUCUGAACAUGCUGGCAUCGGUAGCCGCCUCCUGGCAGGCAGCACCACAGGUGCCCUGGCUGUGGCUGUGGCCCAGCCUACGGAUGUGGUGAAGGUCCGGUUCCAAGCUCAGGCCCGGGCUGGAGGUGGCCGGAGAUACCAAAGCACUGUGGAUGCCUACAAGACCAUUGCCCGGGAGGAAGGGUUUCAGGGACUCUGGAAAGGGACCUCUCCCAAUGUUGCUCGUAAUGCCAUUGUCAACUGUGCUGAGCUGGUGACCUAUGACCUCAUCAAGGAUGCCCUCCUGAAGGCUAAUCUCAUGACAGAUGACGUCCCUUGCCAUUUCACCUCUGCCUUUGGGGCAGGCUUCUGUACCACUGUCAUCGCCUCCCCUGUCGACGUAGUCAAGACGAGAUACAUGAACUCUGCCCUGGGCCAGUACAGCAGCGCUGGCCACUGUGCCCUUACCAUGCUCCAGAAGGAGGGGCCCCGGGCCUUCUACAAAGGGUUCAUGCCCUCCUUUCUUCGCUUGGGUUCCUGGAAUGUGGUGAUGUUCGUCACCUAUGAGCAGCUGAAACGAGCCCUCACAGCUGCCUGCACUUCCCGGGAAGCUCCCUUUUGAGCCUCUCCUGCUGCCGACCUGACCACCUCAGGCAAUGGCGUCAGCCCAGCCAGGCCCUGCUUCCCUUUUUCUCCUUCCCUUCCCUCUUUAUCUCUCUUCCUUCCCCUCCUCUUGCCACCACAUCCCUUCCCUCCCCCAUAUUCUCACCCCUCCUCUCUACCUUAUCUCCCCCUUUUCUCUCAGUCCUGGUGGUAUUGACCCCACCCUGGCACCAGCCAGGAUCCCAAGCCCCCAGUCCCUUGAAAAGUUAGCCCAAAUCUCCAUCCUGCUGCCCAGCCUAGCCAGCAUACCACCCAUAAAGCAAGCUCAACCUUGGUGUCUCCUCCCUCUCUUGUAGCUGUUAGCAGAAAUGUUACCAGUGGGUCCAUUUGGCACCUGGUGGGCAGGGGAGGAGCCACCUGGCUUGGAAAGGGGAGUGUGACUCACCUUCCACCUCCAUUGUCCAAUCUGGGGCCCAUGGAGGUCAUCCAGUCCAUUCCUCUCUCUCGACCCAGGGCAUGGGCUGAGGUGGCAAGUGAAGGGCAAGGCAUAGCAAUGGCUUUGCUCUCCCCCUGCUUCCCUGCCAGGCCACUUGAGCUUCCACUCACCCAGUAUCUGGUACUGCAUUGCCUGCCUUUGCUGUAACAAGAGCCCCCUUUUGCCCCACUGGCCCCAGGACUGUUUAUCUGCAAGAUGAGAGUGGCCCUGUCUCCCCUGCAUCUCCAGGGCUUCUUGGAAGAUUUAGAGGAACUUGGGAAUCUUAGAUUCUGUGGGCUUAUUUUAUUCCAUUUUAUAAAUGGAAAACCUACCUCCCCAAAGUCCCAGACCAAGUGAGAGAGCAAGUCUGGCCACCUCCCAUCCUCCACAGUCACACCCCUGGGAGGAAGUGUUACUACUGAGCUGGGUGGGGCAGUCCCUGACUGAGCGGGAGGCUGGGUUCGGCUGCAGGGCAGGAGCAAACUUCUUCAGCCUCACCUUGAGGAUACUUUCCGUUUGGAAUCUCACCCUCUUCCCAGGGCAGGGUUCCUGUUCUUCCACCUGUCCUGCUGAGGCAGGAAAGCAGGUGGGCAGGGCUACUUCUAUUUCAGGGGGUAAGGGAUUCUGAGGCCCCAGAAUCCCAAGGCAUAUCAUUGGAGGGGGCUCGGACCUUAGACUUAAGUCAUUCAGGCCCAUUUUAUAGAUGUCUAAAGAAGCUGAGAUCUGAGACAGGUCACACAGGCAAGGACACAGAAAGCAGCUGGACUCUUGUCCAGAAACCAAGCUGGGGUCCUUGGAAAGCCCUGUUUGGUAGCUGUGGAGCCAGGCUCAGAGAACAUGGCUCCUCCCUCUCUCUUCCCACAGCCUAAAGCAUUUGAAGCCUCUGCUCCCUUCCCUCCAUAGCUCCUUGGUUAAAGCUGGAGGGGGGUAGACCCUUCAGUGCUUAAGAAGGGGGGCCCAGGACUAGGUUCUGACAGAUAAGCCGAGGCCUCAGUCCCCAGGAGGGGCAGAGUUGGGUGCUGUAAGGCAGCAAGCCGGGGUGCAGGUGGCAGGUGGCCCAGUCAAGCUGUUUUCUCCACUGAGCUGCAGGGAAUCAGCAUAAAGGAUGACCUGGUCACUGUGCCUUAAAUACUAGUGCCAGUUGCCAUUGAGUCAAUUUUGACUUUGUCAACCCCAUGUGUGGUUCAAACAGUUGACAUGCUCAUUUGAUAACCAAGAGGUUAGCUGUUAGAGUUCACCCAGAAGUGCCUCAAAAGAAGGGUCUGGUGGUGUGCUAAGGAAAUCAGCCAUUGGAAACCCUAUGGAACACAGUUCAACGCAUGACAUCACCCUGAGUGGAAGUCAACUUGAGUUGUGUGUGUGUGUGUAUGUGUGUGCUUUACGUUAUCUUAAUUCUCACAUUAAUCCUAAAAGGCAGUUUUAUACCAGAGGAAACGGGCAGUAAAUUGCCCCCAGCAUGUUAGUAUAGCUAAAUAGGCUGCUGACUGGAAAUAAGCACUGUCAGCUGGUUCUGGGCAUGUCCCCUCAGACAAUGAGGAGCUCAGGAAGGUGAUGUGAACCACUGGAAAAGUAUACCAGUGGGGCUCUUGAACCGUGAUUAUGGGUAGAUCACUUCCUCUCUGGAUCUCAGCCCUUAACACUAGAGCAUGGGUCUAUGAUAAGCCCUACUUUGCCUGACUCAAAAGUUAGCACUGAGGUAACGAGAGAAAUUUCAUAAAGGUCUUUCCAUCAGGCUGGAGACCAGGCUUCGCUACUGUCGUAGAGAAGACAGACUUGGGAGUUUCAGAGCUGGGCUAGUAGGCACCAUGCUCCCCAUCCUCCUUGCUUUCAACAGAGCAACUGCACCUGGGUGCGCCUCACAGAGGGGAGAGUCGGCUUUAUCUAGUUUCCACGAAGGGCCUGCAAGGUGGUAUGUGCCGUCCAGUCAAUUCAUACUCAGCGACCCUACAUGACAGUACAACUGGCCCGUAGGGUUUCCUAAGCUGUAAUAUUUAUGGGAGAUCACCAGGUCUUUUUUCCCUCAGCCCCUGGUAGUUUCAAACCACCAACCCUUUGGUUAGCAGCUGAGCGUUUAACCAUUGCACCACCAGCAUUCCUUAGUCCCUGCUGUAGGUAAGGAAUUUACAGAGAGGUAAAGUGAUUUGUCCAAGGGCACACAGCUGAUAAGUUGCAUAGCUGGGAUCCAAACACGGGUGUGCCAGACCCCAAAGCCUACUAUGCUCAGAUGCUUCCUAGAAUCCUGGUCUCCAGGUUCUACAUCUCAAAGUCUGCUGCUGCCUUCUCCCUGAUGGUCUAAAAUGGCUAGCAAGUGCUACUGACCAUCCAUUCAAACAAAAAACUUAUUAAGCUAAUAUGAAUGGUGGAAUUCCAAGCGAGAUGGAUAAUGUGGGAGCCUUUUCUGGCUACUCUGAAGUCACACCACAGAAAUGGCUUCCUCUGUCCCUAAGCUUAGACCUAUCCUGAGCCCGCACUCAGACUAUAGGGAGGACUCUCCCCUUUGCCCUAGCAUGGAGGAAGUGCACUAUCCAGUGUUGAUGGCUGAUGGAAGGCAGAUUGGAAAGGCAAGUGUGGUCUGU